AUGAGUUUUCUUAAAUACGACUUAUUUUCUUCUAAAUUCUACAUGAAUGUAGGUGGGUAAUAGAUCAGAAAAGGUACAGUUUUCGGAAUGCUGCUAUCAAUACUCAUUAUUGGACUAGCUUCUGCUUAUUUUAUUUACAUCCUUUAUUAGUAUUUCACAAAUGGAAUUGAACCUAAUUACAGGGAGCAGAGCUUCAUAACUCAACAAAAAAUAGAUAUUGAAUUAAAUAACAACUUAGUUGGGUUCAGGUUUGAGUAUGAUGUCAAUAAGAGUAUUUAGCAAUUAGAGGCACAAUAAAAUAAGACCUAUUUAGUUUUCAUUGCUCUAUUUUUUUACUACGAUAAUGACUUUUAUCAAAAUAUUCCAUUAGAUAUAAUUUAAUGCACUGAUGAAAAUCUAAUCGGAUAUUACUGCUUAGACUACUCUAAAAUAGCUAACUACACUUUAACGCUCAGUACAAUUGAUAAUAUUCAAUCUCAGAUAUAAGUUUUCUCAUAUGGAUGUUUAGAUUUAGAUUAAUUAAAGACAACUAUUCCUGAUAAUUGUGCAACAUAACCAGAGAUCGAUAGUAUUGUAAAUGGUGUAAAUGCAGGUUAACGAAUGAAAUUUUACACUUCUUAAUAUAACGUCACUUCUCAACAAAUAUAAAUUAAUUAUAGAAACUCUUUUGUUUAUACUUUAGCCACUUAGUAUAUUCUAAGUACUUUUAGGACAUAGAAGUAAAUCACUUCAAUUAAAGAAGGCUUUUUUGUUUAAUCUUAAACAAGAUUUACUUCUCCAAUUUAGUAUGAAUUAUAAAAUUAAGUUUUAGACAGAUAAUAUGCACUGACUCAAGUUGGAGAAGGCCCGUUCAUUUAAAUUAGUGUUGAAAUGGAUGAAAUUGUGCAGCAAAUUCAAGUUUAGUAUUCUACUCUACCUUAAGUCCUUGCGCAGGUUAAUAGCACUAUAGCAGCUUUGAUGCUCUUAGGUAUAAUAGGAAAGCAGUUUUCGUAGAGUUCUUUAAGAAACGAUUUCUUAAUGAUUCUACUGAAAAAUGUAUUUUAGGAGAAGUACUUUGAGAUUUUAAGAAAUAAUAAUUUUCUUGAAAUAAAAGAUUUAGAUAAUAGAAAUAAAAUCUAUUAGAAACAUUUGUCAUAAAUGUAAAUUGAAGAAAAUCUUGAGAGAUAAGAGAAAGAUGAUAAUUAAUUUAUUAGUAUCCCAACGAACAAUUAUAAGUUCAAAUAAGAAGUAUAGGUAAAUAAUUAAUCUGAAAUGAGCAACAUCCUAAAAUUAUAAGAAUUAAACUAAGAUGAAAUAAAAUAAGUAGAUACUACUUUUACAUAAAAAAAGCAGGAUUUUCCUGAAAUUGAUUUGUCCUAAAGAUACAAUUUUUCAGAUAAAAAGUCAUAAACAGAGUAAUUUAAUAUUUAGAGUUAUGAAAAUGCUAAAAUUUAAAAUGAAAAUGUGCAUUAAUAUUAAGACUAAAUAUAAUCUACAAAUAGAUAUUUUACUGAAAAAAGUAAAUUGUAAAAUAUCACGUUUAUGACUAUGCUUUCAAAUGUACCCAUAAUUAAAAAGAGUAAUUUUACUGGUGAUUAUUCUCCAAACAGAUUUAAAUGUAAAAAUUUAGAGUAAAAAAAUGACACCAAUAAACAUUAUUCUAUGAAAUUUGUUGCAUUAAAAGAUAAAAAAAUAUCUGAUAAAAUAAAAACAAUAGUCUUUGGAGCAAAGCUUUGUAACAAAGAAAACUUUUUAAAAUCAUAAGGACUCAAUAAAUAAUCAUUUAAGAUUAUUAAGAGUCAGAUUGAUAAAGACUUAGAUAUUUUGGAGUUAUACUAAGACAUUAUAUUCUUAAAAAAAGCGAUCAUGAUAUUAUUUACAACUGAUUAGUUAGCAGCUAUCAGAUUGAUUGGAUGUUCAUCAAGUUUUCUCGAUUCUCAACUUUUAGAUUUUGAAACUCAAAAAGACAUUAGUCAUUAUGAAAAAUAGUUUGCAAUAUCCUUAUCAGAUGAACUCUAAUAUAAAUAUGUUAAUAAGUUCUUAAAGAGAUGUUAAGAGAGUGAAUCAAUUGAUUAACUAGAUGAAAAAAUAUUAACUUCAAUGUAUAAAUAAGGUCUAUCUUGA